AGAGUGAGACGAGCUGUAGCGUAGCCUAGGUACCAGCACCGGAGGAGACCGGAUAGAAAGUGAUGUGAUCUGAUACGGGUAGCUACGUGAGGACUCGCGUUUAAAAAGUGGGGAUCACUUCUCUGUUCUAUAUCAGUGUCGUCGUUUAUGCGGUGGCAUAGAAGCACGAUUGUCAAACGCGGUUUGCAGGGAUUCCCUCUUCAGUUGACCUCUUAACCUCUCGUCACCCAUGAUGUCCGUCCACACACCCCAGCUCUCCCGCAGUGGCUCCUCCCCUUCUUCUGUAGGCUUGGCCAAUCGCAGUGGUCCCCCUGCCGCCCCUCCCACCUCCCUCAGCCUGCGCUCCUCCUACAAUCAACUCCUGGGCCAUGACAUCAUAAAGGAGUCCCCUACCGCCAUGGAAACGGGGAGUUCCGCCACUUUACCCAAAAGUCGCCAUAGAUACGCCAUGACCAGUGUGCAUAGCGCCAUGGGACUGAGCGGCAGACGCCUCCCCACCAAGUCCUCUUCAUCCUCUGCUCUCUACUCCUCCUCCUCUUCCUCAUUCUUCUCCACCAACCCCAAGCUGGCAAAGGAUGGUGCCAACCUGCAGCGGAAGGCCGAGACACAGCAACAGGAGCAGAGUAAAACCAACACAGAGGUCAAAGAGCAGGAUGACAUCAUCACCCCCAUACACAGCUCUGAUUGGAUGGAGGGGGAGAACUCACAGGACCCGCCUCCAUUCUGUCGGAGGACAAAGAGCUUUCUGGAGUUCCAUGAAAAGGAAGAGGACCCACCCAGUGGAGGAAACAAAGAGGAAGACUCUCCUGGUGGAGGCAAUAAGGAAGAAGAUCUUCCCAGCAAGGAAGAGGAGGAAGAGGAUGAGAAGCACCCCUGCCCUGAGAAAGACCAGGUCAGCCCGGAUAAAGAGAGAGAGAGAACGGAGGAGGAAAAACAGACCCCAAAACAGGAGGAUUACAAAGAGGAUGCCACUCCAACUGCUGCACAGCCUCUACUACAGGGGGUCCCCUCUCCCGCCAUCUCUCCCCUAAACAAUCUCAGCUGGGCCCAAGAGAACAACAUCCAGAGUUGCCCCCCACUUCAGGGCAGAGAGGAGGCCCUAACCCAGGCCCAGGGUCACCCACACAGCGUUGAAACGCCCCCCAUUCCCCCCCGAAGUGCACAGGCUCCCCCGCCCAGAGUGAUCAUGGUGGAGCUGCACCCCAACAAUGAGAACCCGUACCUCCACCGCCCCCCCUCUGCAUCCCAUAAGCAGCCCAGGGGGGAGGAGAGCACCCCUCUUCUGCUCCAGACCCCCCCAUCAUCCUUCAGCCCGGACCCAGAGAGAGGAGCUCCUAAGCUGGGAAGUCUAGGUACGAAAGUGGAGUCUCCCCUGGAGGAUGAGGACUCCAGCUGGACCACCCUGUCCCAAGCGAGCCCCUCCCCUCAGACCCCACAAGAAAUAGCAGAUGUGUGGGGUGAGGGGGACCUUCCCCCAGGCUGGCGUGAGGUCACAGACAUAUCGGAGGUCUACUUCUGGCAUGUCCCUACUGGCACCACCCAGUAUGACCGCCCUGUCUCCACCACCAACGAACACACACACCUCCACCCACUCCCUGACUCACAGCAGGGCGACACAGUCAGCCUGAGGCUGCUCAGCGAGCGUCCUAGCAGUUUGGUAUCAGACAGUUCAGUGGAACCUGUGCCCUCUCCCUCCGGCUCCUCCUCCUCCUCUCCCUCUGAUGUCAUUCUGCCUGUCCGAGGCUUUGACAACACCACCUGCACUGAGCUGAAGGACUACCCAGUGUAUCCUGACCCCAGCCUGAAAGCUUUUGAAGGAGCUACUCUCCGUUACGCCUCACUGAGACUGCACCCUUCCCAGUUAGAUACAGUGGACCUCAACAGUGCCUGCACUGACCCAGAGGGACAGUCAUUCCCGGUGCGUUCUCUGGGCUGGGUGGAGAUGGCAGAGAGAGACCUGGCAGAGGGGAGGAGCAGUGUGGCUGUCCAUCACUGUAUCAGGCAGUUGUCGUACUGUAGGAGGGACAUACGAGACUCGGCAGGGGUUUGGGGAGAGGGUAAAGGCAUGCUGCUAGUGCUCCAGGACCGUGAUCUGACCCUGGUCCACCCGGACGACCGCAGCAUGCUCCACUCUCAGCCAAUCAGCAGCAUCCGUGUGUGGGGCGUCGGCCGAGACCAUGACAGGGAAAGAGACUUUGCCUAUGUGGCGAGAGACAAAAACACACGGGUGUUGAAAUGCCAUGUGUUUCGAUGUGAUACCCCUGCAGAAGCCAUAGCAACGAGUCUCCACGAAAUCUGUUCCAAGAUUAUGGCUGAGAGGAAGAGUGCGAAGGCUGCUGCCUGCAGCUCAUCCCAAACAGGCUCCGAUGUUCCUCUCCAGGAGUUUCCCGUCCCAAAGACUGAGCUGGUGCAGAAGUUCAAUGUGAACUACCUGGGGAUGACGUCUGUGUCUCGCCCCAUAGGUAAGAGAAGUAUGGACAUCAUCAACGGGGCUAUAGAGAGCCUGGUGUCCUCCACAGGAAAAGAGGACUGGACCCCUGUCAUACUGAGUGUGGCUGACGCCACCGUGGCUGUCAUCAAGGAGAAGGAAGAGGAGGAGGAAGUGCUGGUGGAGUGCCGCGUGCGUUUCCUGUCCUUCAUGGGAGUGGGCCGGGACAUCCACACCUUUGCUUUCGUCAUGGACUCUGGGAACCAGCACUUCCAGUGCCACGUGUUCUGGUGUGACCCCAACGCUGGCAGUGUGUCUGAGGCCGUGCAGGCUGCUUGCGUGCUGCGGUAUCAGAAGUGUCUGGUGGCACGCCCCCCCUCUCAGAGAGCUGGCUCCUCCUCCCCGCCCCCCGACUCGGUGACGCGCCGGGUGACCACCAGCGUGAAGCGUGGCGUCCAGUCUCUCAUAGACACUCUGAAAACAAAGAAAACGCCCUCAGAACUGCCUCAGCAAUGACGGACAGCUCAGUGACCACACCCCCUACCACAGCCCCUGGCUUUGUCACUCACACUGUCGCCACAACUACGACCUACAACCACUCCUAACCAAUACCAGCCAUGGUAACCAACGAUGUACAUAUAUGUUAACUUAACACCACUGGGCAGACCAAAGGAGGAAUGGAUCAGGGAAUGUGUAUCUGCUCAAAAUAAUAAAAAGUUAACUAAUCUGCAGAAGAAGAAGAGGAAGGCCAAGAUACAGCAGAAUGAUGUGUGGUUAAUAUGGGUCGUCACUAGUGGAACUUUCCAUUGAGCUUUGAACUCUGCUGUGUCAUAGAGAGACUUGCCUACUUUAGCCAGGCCACAGCUGUCCUCACCGGGCACUGCCUCGUCUUGUGGAGUAUUAUUACUGGAGUAUUAAGCCGGUGUCACACAAAGCAUUCUGGAUACAAUUUAUGUUGCUUGCAACAAAGUUGCACCUGUGUUGCCCAGUGUGUCACCCCCCACAUUUUUGGGGGCCUGCAACUUAGUUGCAUUGCAUCGCAAGAUAGAAAUGAAUCCUAUUUCACGCAACUGACUGUAUGCAGUGUCCAAUCAGUGAGCAGGAAAAAAGGUUUACAUGACUCGUCAUAUCGUUCCGUACGGAACUCUGACCCAAGUUGUCAUGUCAACACAGCUGUAAGUGUUGCUAACAAAAGAGACAUGCCAAAUGUCAGAAAAAAAUUGUCUAGUCAUGGUUUAUGUACAUGCUCUGGCAGUCAAUAAAUGUCAUUUUAAAAGUGAACCCAGACCUUUAUCUGUCCAGUUUCAACUGAAAUUGGCCAACAUGAACUGCGCUAGCUAGGUUAGCUCGUUGCUAGCUUUGUUAGCUAGUUAGCUUGGUAAAACAUAGCCCUUGAUCAUGACUCUCAUUACAUUAUACAUAAGAGUUAUUGGAUGAAGGCGUCUUCUCUACGGGGGAGUUUUGUUACGAGCCCCGAUGCUCAAUCUGAACAUUAACACGAGUCGCUUGCGGUACAGGUUUGGAGGCGUAUGGACCUUAUCUUUCAUAUCAUCGAGAAAUAAUACCUAUAAAAAAAAAAUGGUUAAUUUGAUACACGCCUUGCUAGGGUUAGGGUUCCGACACGGCCAUAUCUCCAUGUUACAGCGUUUGUUUAACGAAAACAGACAAGUGGCAACCACCUGUGCUAAUUAGCUAUCUAGCGUGCUCCAAACACCUGUGUGUAAGGGUAACUCUGGGAGUGUAGUUUAGUCAGAUGGAGGCACCCAAAGCUGAAUGGAUCUGUGUAAAACUGCUACAGUAAGUGUAUCUUUUUGAAGAAUUCUUUCUCGUCUGAUGAAAGAUAAGGGCCACAUGUUUUGAAAGCCUUGGUUAUUGACGUGUCUAAACACAGCGUCGGGAUUGUCGUCAACAUGAGCCAGUCGUGGGCGAAGCGAAAGACUGAAAACUGUAGGGGAGAACAGAUCAUUUAUGAAACCAUGAUGUGAUGUAUAACAGGAUUGGAUGUUGCAUGCGAUUUAAAUUGCGUCCAAAUUGCUUCCUGUGACGCAGGCUUUAAACUAAUACUGAGACACACUGGACAUACCUGAGAAAAACAACCAAUCCCAAGUGAGUGCUGGCUUUGUUGCAUCAGGAAGCCCACACUGAAUGUGUGUUUGUUUAUCUACACUUUUUCUUUUUAAACUUCUUGUACACAGUGAGAGCAGCCCUGUUCCCAUCGCAGUGCCAAACUGAGUAGCAUUCCAGAACGGGGGACACACGGAAGGACACACACACACACACUCACACUCACGUCUCCUUAAGACGUCUGUCUCGUUGACAUGGUAAAAGCCGAUCGCUACAGACAAGGCCACUGACCAAACGCCGCCAUCCAGCUCUUCUACCCGACCUGGCAACCUUUGAGCACCAGACUCCAAUAGAGACGUGUCAUGUGACGGACUAUACAGCCAUGAUGUCCUAACAGAGACAGGGAGUGUACAGAACAUGGGAACCAAUGUAUUCCAUCCCAUCUGGCUCACAUAACGGACUGAACCAAUGUCUCCCUUGAGGAGGGGUGCUCAGAUUGUACUAUAAUUAUUGUAAAGUAAUGAUUGUACCCCAGGUUGGCGAUGAGAGGUGAGAGGGAGGAAUGGGGUGGUGUUGGUAUUUCAUGUGUUUGUAAUCUGAAUGUGAGGGGGGAGAGAGAGAGAUGGAUCAUCGUUGGAGAGAGAGGUUACAGAGGAGGGUGUCAUUAUGGAGUUAGACCUUUGUGCAGAGCACCUAACUCUACCAGACUAUCUAAACCUGUCCCCACUCACAAACACACACACACACACACACACACAUUCACCCAACUAUGGAGAGCUGACCGCCCACUGUCUCCUUUAGGACCCAGGUACACCUCUCUACACUCUAACUCAACUCUGUGAAUGCAAUCCACUCCAACGUUAAAAACAUACGUGAAAAUAGUGUGAUUCAUGUGCUCUGUUCUUCACUCAUCUCUACACCAUGUAAUUGUGAUCUGUUGUGAAAAUAAAUGCAAUACCAAAACAAG